AUGGCUUCUCAAUCCCGAACAGAUGCGAUACUUCCUAUGACAGACGAAUACAUGGAGCAGAUCGUCCGCAAGGAGAAAACCUACGAGUUCAGACGCUACCGCAUCAACCCCUCCGUCCAGCGGGUCUGGUUCUACGUCAACGCGCCCUUCUCGCACAUUGCUUACAUAUGUGAGAUUGACCCUGCACGUACCAGGAACGAAGGCGACGAGCCGCUUCCCGAGAACGGCCUGGGGAAUAGGGAGUUCAAUGAACGCCACAAGGAUUGGGAGGGGUAUGAUUAUGCGUACGGAGUGAGGAGCGUGCGGAAGUUGAGGGAGGUGAUACCCCUGAAGAGGAUGCAGUCCGAUUUUGGUGUGCGGUGUGCGCCUAGAGGACUCAUCUAUACGCCCACGAAGAUCUUAGCGGAGGUACCUUGGACUCUUCGAUUCCAUCUACUUGUGAGACGAAAGUGA